GUCUGCGCGUCUGUUGUUCCCAGCGCUCUUGGAGGCCUGCAAAGGAAGAGCAACCUGUCCAGAAUCCCCGCAGGACAGGAAAAAGAGAAAUCUCGACAUGGAAAAACCCUACAAUAAAAAUGAAGGAAACCUGGAAAACGAGGGAAAGCCAGAAGAUGAAGUAGAGCCUGAUGAUGAAGGAAAGUCAGACGAGGAAGAAAAGCCAGACGCGGAGGGGAAGACAGAAUGCGAGGGAAAGAGAGAGGAUGAGGGAGAGCCAGGUGAUGAGGGACAACUGGAAGAUGAGGGAAGCCAGGAAAAGCAGGGCAAGUCCGAAGGUGAGGGCAAGCCACAAGGCGAGGGCAAGCCAGCCUCCCAGGCAAAGCCAGAGGGCCAGCCGCGGGCCGCCGAAAAGCGCCCGGCUGGAGAUUAUGUGCCCCGGAAAGCAAAAAGAAAAACAGACAGGGGGACCGACGAUUCCCCCAAGGACACUCAGGAGGACUUACAGGAAAGGCAUCUGAGCAGUGAGGAGAUGAUGAGAGAAUGUGGAGAUGUGUCAAGGGCUCAGGAGGAGCUAAGGAAAAAACAGAAAAUGGGUGGUUUUCAUUGGAUGCAAAGAGAUGUACAGGAUCCAUUCGCCCAAGGGGACAACGGGGUGUCAGGGGAGUGAGGGGUGGAGGUAGGGGCCAAAGAGGCUUACACGAUAUCCCAUACCUUUAAUGCCUUUGGCCUUCCAUUCUGACUUCUCUGAUGAGAUUAUUGUCAACCCUGCUUUCCCUGGUAGAUAUUUGCCAGGCCCAAUGCUUUAACCUUAAGCUGAUAUUUUUGCUUUAGAUGUCAAUCUCGUUACCAGCAGCCUUUUGACCCAACUACAGCGCUCUAUAUUUUAGUAGAGGAUUUUCACCCAUGUGCAUGGAAAAGAUGUUCAUGACACAUUGUAAAAAAUAAAUAAAUAAAGAACAGUUUGCAGAACCGCGUA